AUGGUACUUACGGAGGAUGAGAUAACAAGGCUAUAUAGGAUCCGUAAAACGGUGAUGCAAAUGCUUAAAGAUCGGAAUUACCUCGUCGGAGACUUUGAGCUUAACAUGUCGAAACACGAUUUCAAGAACAAAUACGGCGAUAAUAUGAAGAGAGAAGAUCUCGUUAUUAACAAAGCCAAAAAAGAUAAACAGUCCGAUCAGAUCUACGUCUUCUUCCCUGAGGAAGCUAAGGUCGGCGUCAAGACUAUGAAGACGUACACCAAUCGGAUGAAUUCUGAGAACGUUUACAGAGCUAUCCUUGUUUGUCAGACUAGUCUCACUCCAUUUGCACGAACCUGUGUCUCUGAAAUGGCUUCCAAAUUUCACUUGGAAGUUUUUCAGGAGGCGGAAUUGCUUGUAAACAUAAAAGACCAUGUUCUUGUGCCGGAACAUCAGGUUCUCACUGAUCCUGAGAAGAAAACUUUACUUGAGAGAUACACUGUCAAGGAAACUCAGCUACCUAGAAUCCAGGUAACAGAUCCUGUUGCAAGAUAUUAUGGCCUGAAGCGUGGACAAGUUGUUAAGAUUAUCCGGCCAAGUGAGACUGCAGGAAGAUAUGUUACAUACCGAUUUGUUGUAUAA